AAAGGAAGAGAAAUAAAAAUUCGUGAUGGCAAGAACAACAAGACCAGUAAGAAGAAGAAAACCCUCCUUCUUCAAGGUUCUUAUAGGUGACUUCUCUAACCACCUGCAAAUCCCGCCGGCUUUUUAUAAGCACUUUGAUGGGAAGGGACCUCAGCAGACCCACCUUCGGACCCUGGCUAAAACUUGGCUUGUUAAUGUGGAAAAGAUUGAUGGCAAGUUCUUCUUCCGAAAGGGUUGGAAGAAAUUUGUGCAUGGCAAUGGUCUGAAGCUUGGUGAAUUUCUUGUUUUUCGAUAUUUUGGAAACUCGAAAUUCUUUGUUGACAUAUAUGGAAGAAAUACCUGCAAAAAGGAUUUUGUAAAGGCCGUUGAGAAAAGUGAGAAAGAGGGACAUGGUAAUGAAGAUAACCAGGGCUUAAAAGGUGUAGCUGAAGGAACUAGGACUGGUCAAGCCACGAACAGUAUUCACAUCAAAGAUGAAGUAAUUGAUACUGAAUCGGAAAGAUCGUUGCAUCCAUUGACCAGAAAUACUGGAAAAGAUGUUGCUCUUGAGAGAGCAAACGCUUUCAAAAUUGAAGAUGAAGAAAAACAAGGAAAUGAUGAUGAGGACGAGGAUGAUGAUGAUUCUAUUAGAAUCCCAAAUGACCUUCCACCAUGCACAAAAACAAUGGAGAAAUCUCCAUUAGGACCACAACUUGUCAAGAGAAGGCAAUCAAGUUCUAGUACUAACAUUGGUGGAAAAGAUGUAGCACUUCAGAAAGCCAAUGCUUUCAAAUCUGCAGACCCUUCUUUCGUGGUUCCAAUGCAUAUCUCGUAUGUCCACGCAGGUUAUAUGAAUGUGCCAUCUGCUUUUGCCAAGGGAUAUCUUACUAAGCGGCCUAGUGAAGUCACCCUCCAGGUUAAUGGGGAAACUUGGUCUGUCAAUUUACAAUAUGAAAGAAACAUGAAAAGACUCACCACAGGUUGGGCGGAUUUUGUGCGAGCCAAUAAGUUGGAAGUUGGUAACGCGUGUGUUUUUGUGUUGAGUAACGACGACAAGUUUAUCUUUGAUGUUAUCGUUUACCGCGCUAAAUAGAAGGUGCAAAUUUCACCUUGUCCCCCUGCAACUGCAACAAUCAAUCACGGGUGAGGAUUCGUUCAUCUCUAAAACUUCAAAGAGAAGGCAGAUAGAUUGAUCAGUCUCUGAGAUCUCCAUAUGUUGUUGUUUUUAAUAGACUGUUGCCUGUUGUUUUGAAUUUCCACUGAAUAGGAUGUUAUCUGAAGAUUUUUUUUUUUUUUUUUGAGAAAGACAUUAUUUGA